AUAACCUCACCAUCAAGUCUUCUUUGUCCCAUCUCUCUCUACAAAUACAUAAAAGUCAUGUCUUUUUUCCUUACAAGUUUGUGAAACAUAUAUAUAUUGUUUUUGAACCUGUAGCUGACACUGUAGCUUUACCACUGAUUUUCUCUGAUUCUCAUUUGUUUGAAAAUGGAGUGCAAUAAGCAAGUGGACAAGCCAAUUAAGCAAACUCAUAAGAGGGGAUUAUGGUCUCCAUAUGAAGACCAAAAGCUUAAAGACUACAUACUCAAGAAUGGUCAUGGCUGCUGGAGCUCCUUGCCAAUCAAUGCUGGGUUGCAAAGGACUGGCAAAAGUUGCAGAUUGAGGUGGAUUAAUUAUUUAAGGCCAGGCUUAAAGAGAGGGACAUUUAGCACUGAAGAGGAAGAGACAAUCUUGACCCUUCAUGGCAUGUUAGGCAACAAGUGGUCUCAAAUAGCACAGAAUUUGCCUGGAAGGACUGAUAAUGAGAUAAAGAACCACUGGCACUCUUAUCUAAAGAAGAAAGUUGCUAAAAUGGCCGAAAAUGAAGGACAUGCUACAGCUGAAUAUACAAAAAGGCCACAUAUAGGAAAUGAAGAAUCUUCACCUUCUUCCAUGAAAUUGGCUUCCCAAAAUUCAAAUGAUCUCGAGUCAUUCGACCACAUAGAAGGUUCAUUAUUAGCAGAUACGGAUCAAUCCGCGUCACAUGUUGACUUUCCAAGAGAAAAUUGGAAAAGCAAUUUACCCAAAGUAUUAUUUUCCGAGUGGUUCUCGUUAGAUCAGUUUAAUGAUCAAGAUUUCAAGAACACAAGCAAUCAAGAUUGUUCUAAGAAUAACUUUGGAUGCAACGAUUCAGUGUUCGAAGAUGCUUUCGGGCAAUAUGGUCCACUAGUGAUGAAUGAAGUUACCUAUGGGAAUGACAUAAAUCGCGGUUUUAGCAAUAUGUUUCAACCACCAUUCGAGGAUCAGAUCUCUGCUAAUCGUUUUGAGGAACUUCUAUCCGGGGAAUUUAAGAUAAACGGCGAUGUGAUGUACAUAUAAGUUCUUGUAUACAACCUCCUUCUGGAAGAAUAACUUAUAAUUAAGAGCCCGUUUGGCUUAGCUUAUAAGUUGCUGAAAACAGGUUAUAAGCUGUUUUCAGCUUUUUUUAGUGUUUGGCUGGCCAACUUAUAAGCCAUUUUGUGCUUGAAAUAAGCCCAAAAAAAUAAGUUGGCCCGUUUGGCUUAGCUUAAAUCAG